GCCACGGGGGCGCCUGGGAGGCGGGAACGCAGCUCCGGAGCCGACCGGAGCUGGACCCGCCCUCAACCCGGCGGGAAAACCUUGAGGAGAAAUUUUCUUUUUUAAACAUUAAGAAAUUUGAGGAUGGUGGGGCAGAACAGCUAAGUCCCAUUUGCCUGUGAGUCCUUAGGCGGAAAACUGUCAAAAUCUGUGGAUAAAUUCAUUACAUAAGAAAAAGGAUGGCAUCUAAAAUAAAUACCAGUUUCACUUUGAUUCCCAACCAGAAAUAUAGACGUAGUAAUCGUCGACCCAGCAGCUAUUUUUCCAAUACCCUUGGCUCAGAUUCUCAGCCCUUAUCAACACUUGGAAAUUUUAAAGCCUUGCCAUUGGAAAUAUUCCAAAUAAUCUUAAGAUAUUUAUCAGUGAAGGAUAUCAGCAUGCUAAGCAUGGUGUCCAAAACAGUCAGCCAGCACAUUAUUAAUUAUAUUUCAACCUCGUCAGGAAGCAAAAGACUUUUACUACAGGAUUUUCAUAACCUUGAGCUGCCUAGCAAGAGACAAGACUCUGCCAUACUGGAACAUUACAGAUCUCUAGGUCUGCUGUUUAAAAGAUGUACGUUGCUGCUGCCCACAAGGGAAAGACUAAAGUACAUUCACAAAAUACUGGCAGAAGUUUCCUGUUUUAAAUUCAAUGGCUGUGCAGUUCCUAUCCAAUGUUUAGGAUUACCAUGUUAUGGCAUAUUUUUACAGACCUUAACGGCAGGUUGGGAUGGACUCGAGUGCCAUCGUGUGUAUAACUUCUUAUGUGAGCUGACUAAUCUCUCCCGCAAGAUGCAGACCGUUGUCUGCAGCAAACCAGGAAGUGCCCGAAAACUGGAGUUAAGGAUAAGACUGUUCUGUAGGAACGUCCUGCUUGAUCAUUGGAUACAUCGGAGUGAUUCUGCUUUUUGGUUGACACGUAUAUUAAAACCAUGGCCAAUGGUGAAUCAGGCAAGAUUAUUAUAUAUCAUCUUCGGACCAGUAUCUCCUCAAGAUGGACAGGUGGUUUGGCAGAAAAUGAUAGAAGGACCUACAGAUGAAUCCAGCCUGAAAGGUUUGGCUGAUGCUAUUAAAUUACUGUAUGACACAGGCACCAAAGAGUGGACAGCAGAUGAUGUUAUCAGUCUUGUAGAUGAACUAUCAGUGGUUCCCCGUGAGUGGCUCCUAGAGAAUAAUGCACGUCUCCUAAUCCUAAGUGGAAACAACAUCUGUUUCACUUUCAUGGCGAGUAAAGCUGUGAAUGGACGGGCCAUUGAACUGGCAAAGCUGAUAGUCUUUUUGGCUUUGGUUUGUGAGAAAGAAUUAUACUGCAUGGAUUGGGCAGUUAAAAUGAUGCAAAAAGUCUGUAAAGUCUUUAGCACUCCCGUGGAAAGAAAUAACUUCUUGCAGAGUGUGGCGAAUGCAUUCGCGUGUGUUAUAAUGGAAAUGCUCCAGUCGAUCAUGUCCGGAGACCGUGACGAAGAUGACAGAAGCUUUCUGAAUUUGUUCCAUCUUGUGCAUGCUCAGGCAAACUUCCAUAAGGAGGUCUUGUAUUUGAGCAUGAAUACUCUUUCUACCUAAAUACUCAGGAAGUCUUGCAUUUCGAGAAUACCUCACGGAAGAAAUAAUCGGAAGAGGUGCUACUUUUCCACAGUCAAAGAAUAGCAUCCAUGGGACUUUUUAUGACCUAAGUAACCUAAAAACUCCAAAGCUGCACAGAAUUUUAGAAGCAAUUGCUUGUACCAUUAUUAAUAUAAAAAUUAUAGGCAAACCCAAGAGUGUAUUGAGAUUUCUCCAGAAAACAAGCUGUACCUUUCCAGAUUUUGGUAAACAUAACCCCCAACUACAUAGAGCAUUAGUGCCCAAUUGGGGGCCAACCUGUAUGUGUUAGAUGUUGGAAGCAAGGGAAAAUUCUGUUUUGUAAGUAGAGGUGACUCAAAUUCAUUAAGUGGCUUCUAUAUGUUCACUUUGCCUAGGUCGUGUAGACAUAACCUAGUAUGCUUUAUAAAGAACUGUAAUAUGAUGCUUUGGAAUGUGCACAUAGAAAUCACAUUUUUUACCACCUUAUGGCAUAGAACAUUAUAUUUUGUUGAUGUUUUACGUGAACUAACAGAUCAAAAACUAAAGGAAGUGUGUGUAUAUAUUCAUAUGUAUAUAAGUAUGUCUGUAUAUUUCUAUACAUACGAACACACACACACACACACACACACACACACACACACACAUUUCCUUCUUUAAGACAAAAGUCUAUAAAAAGAGGAAAGUAUAUGUUGUCUUAAUACAAUUAAGUCAUCUUUUAUUCCUUCCUGGAGAUUAGAGUAAAAUGUUGCAAAUAAGGGAGAAUAUAAAAUGAAAGAAAGUACCCAUUCUGCUGCCAGAACAAUCUUCACAAAUAAUUUGCACUUCUUCCUAAAGCUUUCCUCUCUCUCUUCAAAAGUGGGGUUUGAGGGAACCUGGAAGCAGCGUGCAUAGGGAGGGCGGCCCUGAGAGAGUGGGGUUUCACUCCAGUAAAUGCAUUCCAAAGAUGCUCCAGACUAUUUCAGUCUGACUAGCAUUUACCCACCACUUUUACUAUUAAAAUAGAAAUGAACAGUGUCUCAUGGAGUUGAAAUCAGGGGCUGGGGCCCUCCCAUUUUCUUCUCCUUGGGUUUGACCAUUUUAUUUCUGCUGAAGAUAUACUCAUUCCUACUGGACUACUUAGAGGAUGGCUUUCUUUUUCUAAGCCUUUGACUUAACUCACCUCUGCAGCUGAGGAAGGAAAGGGACACUAGAAAAUAUGGAAAUUACCCACAGAAGUGGGGUGUAAAUUGUGUAAUUUGUGGGAAAUUCUCAAGUGUUUGGCAAGAGUUUAAUAAGAUAGAGGAAGAGUGAAAAUUUGGGGGAAAAUAUAAAUUGUGAUAAAAGAUUUUACUAUAUUUCAGUAACAAAGGCACUUACCUUCAUUUUUGAAAUAUUGGAAGUUAACUACCUUUCCGUGAUGAAUCAUCCAACUAUAAUUUCAUCAAUGGCAGAAAUUUUUUUUUCUCCAGAGUUUAGUAUUUGCAUAUUCAUGCAGAAACAAAGUUCUUGCUUUUCUCCUGGUUUCAUUUUUCUUCCUCUCAUUUUAAGAAUUCACCCACAACUAAAGUAUAAGGAUUAAAAAUUGGCGAAGACCAGAAUACAAAAUAAUACCUUGAUUUUUAGCAUUUUCUCCCCCCACACACUCUUUUUCCUGUACAUGCUCUGGAAAGCCUAAUCCAUAUAUUUAUCAAAACACUGGUGAUUCCAAAUCGACAGUAUACCCAUUAGAUUAGUUGGGGCAGGGAAAGAAGAGUAGAGGAAAAAGUAAAAAUUUUAAUAUAUACUGAAUAUUUUUAGUAUUUUACUCAAUAGAUAUUUUCAUUCUCUUAGAGAAAGAAAUUUGGCUUUGUGAAGAUUCCUUGAAUUAUCCAAGUCCCCACAGUGGUUUACAAAAGAAGCAUGGUUUAACUUUACAUGUUUUUGACCCAGAUUUUAAGUCUCCUGUACACUUGAACUGACAUGACUGCUACUAUAAAAUUUUUUUACACAUAUUAUUAUAUUAUCCUGGAUAAUUGUGAAUUAUGUCACCCUCCUCCAAAAUUUGGAAUAUAAAAAAAUUGAAUUCAUUCUUUGGGUGCAGUAGAUAAAUGAUAUUGUCUCACUACCAAUAAAGAGUAAACUGACUUCAUUCAGUUAUCAAUAGAUAAAAACACUGAAACCAAACUUGCAAUUUCCUCAAUUUAGAAGCCUGGUUUUUUUGUUUUGUUUUGUUUUUGUUUUCCAAAUGGAGUCAGGAAUAAAGUGUGAUAUCAAAUGUUUAAUUGGGAGAUUAAUUUGCAAAAGUGCAUGUUGUUGUCACUGGUGUCAAUGUUUAAUUGACAGAAUAGACACUCAUAGUACCACCAAACAAGGAGUAUUAGCAAAACGCAUAGCCUGAAAUUACUAAGAGCUUGUUCACUUAUGACUAACUUUAGAACAGUCAUAACAAUGUGAGCUGCUAACAAGUCAGAUAAUUUAUCCUAUAUCUUUUCCUAAAUUAGAAGAUGGACCUGAUCGUCUAGCUCUUUUAUUCCUUUUAAAAGUGAUUCCCUCAAUCUCCUUUCAUUUGCAGCUGAUUUUUACCUCUCUUAGAAAGCAAGCCCAUGGCUACAUCGUUAUAUUUAUCAUACUGUUGUUUCUAGACACAUACACACCGUACUAAUAAACUGAGGACACUUCUUUUCUUAGAAACUAAUUUAAAGUUUAUAUCUUGUGAUAAAUACUCUAUGCCUUAAGAAACCAUGGACGAUCUAUCCUUAAUACUUUUUUUUUUUUUAAUAAUUUCUCCUCAUGCCCUUCUGAUCCCUCAACUUCUUUAUCAUAUUCACAAUGCAGGCCGUAAAUUACUGUAUUGGGGAAGCAGCUUAAUCAUUCCAGAAGUUCAAGUGGUUGCUUAUCAGGCUGCUCUCCAAAGCAUGAACAAUAGACACCUGACUUCACACUUUCCCCGUCCUUUGAUGACUUAGUUCAUGCUUCCUGUUCUUCCAACAAGAACAAAGAUUUUUAUUGCCAGGACAGUCAUCCACCUUAAGUGGAGAUUAGAGCAAGCAUGAGGUGUGCAGGGAAAGAUGCAACUGGAAGAACCAUCUUAUGUUAAUAAAAACAAACCUUUAUCUCUUCGUGUGAUUAUUACUUGAGACUCAGUCUCUUUAAGGGAAUAGGGCAGUACUCGAUUAUAUGAUUACAGAUUUCUUUUCAGUUCUACUAGCAGCUAGCAGUGAAAACUGUAGGAAAUCAGGUCAUGGACAUACGCUCUUUGGUUUAUUGAAACAUCACUAAGAUAGGAAAGAUGACCCAAAAGACAUCUAUAUUUGAUAGUCUUCUCUAAGUUAAAAUAAAAAGUGCUGAAGUACCAAGAACACAGUUUUUUUUCAUCAAGAGAGCAAAUAUAAUUCCAGAAUAUUCUUCAAGUAAACAGAGACCAAAAAAAAAAAACAGCUUAGCCCUCGAAAGGCUUUCUUACAGAUAUGUAUAAAAUUGAAAAAUAUGCAUUGUUAUUUUUAAAGUAUUGUAUUUAUGGCAAAAUGUCUUUGAUACCUUAAUAUUUGCUAACUUUUAUUUAAUUUGUUAUUUAUUCAUAUUAAUAAAAUUUAAAUUAGAAA